AUGGCAGAGAACGGCGAACAAAAGGUUUAUGGCUCAGCAACAGUCAACCCUUACGGCCGUGUGGAUGAAGAGGUGGCCUCAUUGGCUCAAAAGGACGAGCGUCGCAAGAAGCGCAUGAAAUGCUUUGCUUAUGUUGCAGCUUUCGCAGUCUUUCAAACCGCUGUUAUAUUAGUAUUUGCACUUGUCGUGAUGAAGGUUAGGACGCCUAAAUUCCGCGUAAGGUCUGCUGCAUUUGAGGAUUUCCAGGUUUCAACAUUGACCACAAAUGCUUCCUUCAGCACUAGCAUGAUUACAGAACUUUCUGCCAAGAAUCCAAAUUUUGGUAGUUACAAGUACCAAGAUAGCACUGUUAACUUCUUCUAUCAGAACUAUAAGGUAGGGGAAGCAGUGGUUCCUAAGGGAAAGGCUAACUUUAGGUCAACAAAGAAAUUCACCGUUUCGGUGGAUUUGAAUUCUGCCAAUGUGCCCGGGAAUGUAUUGGGAAGUGAAUUGAGUCAGCAUGCUUGGAUCCCUCUGACUAGCCGAGCAACAUUGAAAGGAAAAGUGACGCUAAUGUUAAUGUUCAAGAAAAAUAAGUCCACCAGCAUGGAUUGCACCAUGAACCUCAAUACUUCAUCGAGGCAGCUCCAGGAAUUGAGCUGCAAAUGA